AUGGUCCUCCGCAUCCGCCUCGCCCGCUUCGGCACGAAAAGAAAACCAAUCUACAACAUCAUCCUCGCGCAGGCAAAAUCGGGCCGCGACAAGAAACCCAUGGAAGUCCUAGGGACGUAUAACCCGAUCCCCCAGACUCCGCUCGCCACGCCGGACACGCCCGAGCUGCUAGAAGAUGGCACGAAAUUUGUGCCCAAGAAACAAAAGGACGUGCAGUUGGAUUUGAUGCGCACGCGGUAUUGGCUUGGUGUCGGCGCGCAGCCGACAGAGCCGGUGGAGAAGCUGUUACGCCUGGUAAGUUGA